AGACGACUACCCAUUCGAUAUGUCACUAGACACCCAUCAACCCGAUGGUGCCUCAGGUUUGACCCCCAUCCUAUCGUCGCUCGACGACCCCAUUGAUGAAAUCAAUAACUACAACCGGCAGCACGACCAGGAAUUCCCGUUUGAAAACCAGCUCGUACAACAGCCCAAACUCUACUCAAACCUACCCCCAUUGCAGCCGCUCUCAGACCUGGUGAUUCCCAACGGGUUGGGGUUCCAGCCACUAAGCUUGGAGGCAGGUGCUGACCUGGCCAGCCGCAACGACGGGGUGCCCGCGGUGGCAGCGGCUGGACCUACAUCAGCCGCUAACAAGCGCAAGAGAGAAAUCAGUACUCCCAAAACGCGGCCUGCGUUUGUGAUGAAGAUCUGGUCCAUGGUUAACGAUCCCGCCAACCAUGACUAUAUCCGGUGGGAUGAUGACGGUGAGUCGUUCCAGGUGUUCCAUCGGGAGAAGUUCAUGAAGGAUAUUUUACCCAAGUAUUUUAAGCACAACAACUUUGCCAGUUUUGUACGACAGCUCAACAUGUACGGCUGGCACAAGGUCCAGGAUAUUAGCAGUGGUACCUUGAAAGAUGACAAGAACGGUGAUGAGAACUGGAAGUUUCUGAACCCCAAUUUCAUCAGCGGUAGAGAAGACUUGUUGGACAAUAUAGUGCGGAACAAAUCGAUGGCCAACGAGUUAGAAAUGGCCGAGAAGAACCCCACCAUGAAAUUGAUUUUGAACGAGAUGGAUAAUAUCAAGUUGAACCAAUUGGCCCUUUCUGAAGACUUGAGACGAAUCCGUAAGGAUAAUAAGACGUUGUGGCUGGAGACAUAU